AUGGAAGAAGAGGAAGAGAUCACGGCAACGGCAAAGGCUGCUGCUGCUGCUGAAGCCGCUUCGCCGAAGCUUAUCGUCGCCGAAAAGUCGCAGCCCUCCUCACUGAAGCCCUCCUCGGUGACUAAUGGUGCUCUAACAGUUCCAGCUCCAAAGACUUCACUCGUCACCACCAACGGCGACCUCCUUCACGAUGACGAGCACAAAUCAAAAGGAGUCGACAUCAGCAGUGCAGCCGAUUCAGCCCUUGCCAAUGUUGAUCCAAAACAGAAGCAAGAAAAUGGCGAUCAUCAGGCGGCAGCAAGCAAUCAGAAAGAGGGCAAAGAUGCUGAAGACCCAGAGAAAGCAGACAAGGAGUUGCCCUCACCGGAGACGGCCAAGUCGAAGUCGACCGCUGCAGAGAUUGAGGGCGGCGAGGACGACAAUGCCGUCGACGUGGACCUGCUGACCGCACCGGCGGCGGCGGCGGCGCCCAAAGAGGAGGUAGAAAACGACCCCAACUUUGCCGUCAUUUGCUCCUUUCUGGCGCAGUUUGGCGCCGCCCUUGAGAUUCGCUACUCCAUCUGGCAGCUGAAGAUGAUGUUCGAGGACUACAGUAAAGUUCGCCCCGACCUCGUGGAGCUUCACAUCAAGCUGCUGCGCAAGCGGCGCAAGUACAUCAACAAGGAGCGCUGGGAGCAGGCGCUGGUCAAGUUCUGCCACGAGUACUCCUACGCGGACGCCUGGGAGCUGGAGCGCUUCGGCUACGGCCAGGCGAAGCUCUCCCUGCGCCUGCGAAUCUUCGUCCGCCUGCUCGAGGCGAUGUUCGACUUUAACCAGAAGUUCAAGUCGGAGCUCAACUCGGGCGGCGACUCGGGCCGCCUGCGCGAGCAGUCCUUUGGCCGCGACAUCAGCGGCUUCAACUACUGGUACCAAAUUGAUCCUGAUCUCAACUUUCGCCUGUACAAGGAGGAGCCCGACGAGGAGGGCUCGUGGUCGCUCGUGUCGAGGACAAUGACCGAACUGAACGACUGCAUUCAGCAGCUGUCGACCAAGACGAAGGCCGACAUUAGGCUGGAGUCGUCCUCGAACAGCGACGAGAGCAACAGCAACCAGGCGAUGCUGCUUCUGCUGAACGGUAAACUCCUUGAAGGGGAGGAGGACGACCGAACUGAGCAGAAAAAGUCUUCUGAGGAUGCUGAAGAAAAUGAUGAAGAGGAGGAGGAGGAGGAGGAUGAAGUUGAGGCGAUGCAGGUCGACGAAGAAGAAGAAGCGGAGGAGAAAGAGGUACCUCGGGUGAAGGAAGAGGACGAAGAGGAAAAGGAAGUGGUGGAGAGUGAAACGAAGCCAGGCUCCCCAGGCUCCAAACUGCUGAAAGACGAUGUGAAGAAGCCCUCCACCGAGGACGGCGACCAGGACACUAGUUUCGAGGAGGAGCGUACCGAAUCGCCCACCAAAACAGCCACAACAGCAACUAAUGACGUGCAAUCAGCAGUGGAGAGCGAAGUGAGGCACCUCUGUGAUGAUCUGCUCAAUCGGGUCCUCAAGGAAGAAGGAGGCGGAGGGGAGGACGUCGAGGAGGAAGUUCAUCCACUUGAAGAUGACGAAGAGCAGGAGGAGGAAGAAGAGCAGCAGCAGAAGCCGAGCAAGGCCAAGUCCACCGCCCGAAAAGGCCGCGGACGUGGCUCGAGAAGUCGCGGUCGCAGUCGAAAAGGCGGCCGAAAAGCGAGAGGGGCGGCGGCUCGAAGCGCUCCGGCGAACAAGGCAGCGGAAAAUGAUGAAGAAGAAGAGGACAAGGAGGAGGAGGCUGCUGAAGAGCCAGAGACAGCAGCUGAAACACCGAAACCAGCCGCCAAACCAGCUGCCACCUCUUCUGUUCGAAAGCGCAAAACGGAGAUCGACAAGCUGAAGGAGGACUUCACCGAGGACAUGACCAGUCGGCGGUACAGUCGGAGGGUGCAGGCCCUGCAGGAGAAACGGCAGAAGGAGCUCGAGGAGGAGCAGCUCCGCCUGGAGAAGGAGCUGGAGGCGAAGCGGGCGAAGAGGGAGGCGGCCAAUGCCGCUAAGAUGGCGCAGAUGAAGUUGAUUGCCGCCGCGGCGGCCGCCUCUGCGACCUUUCCUGAGCCCGAGGAAGACGCCGACAGCGAUGAGGAGGAGGCGGGUGCAAAGAAGCGAAAACGGCGGCGACGAAAGAAGGAUGAUAGCGAUGAGGAAGAGUACCAGCAAAAGAGAAAAAGAAAAGGAGCUGUUGCGGCUGCCGACUCCGAUUUAGAUGACGAUGAAAACAGCAAUCAGGCGACGACUAAUGGCGGUGGCAAGAAGAAGCGGCGACGAAGACGGAAGAACGGCAAGGGCGGCGGCGGUGGCCGUCGGCGGAACCACAACCCCUGGGAAGAUUCAGAGGACUCUGAGGACCAGGCAGGCGGUGAGCACCACUUCGAGGAGGACUACUACUACGAGGAGGAGGAGGAGGACGAGGUGCUGCGCUUUGACGUCGAUGACGGGGCGGAUGAGUUUGCCUGCGAGGAGAUUGACCCCAAUGAGCAGCCGGUGGUGGUGAGGAGGGCGAGGACGGUCAAGAAGGCCAAAGACGAGCUGAUUGACGGCGAGGAGCUGGUGGUGAAUGAUGACAAGCCCUGCGGACGGUGCGCCAAGUACGACAAUCCGCAGUGGAUUCUGCUUUGUGAUAAGUGCGAUGAGGGCUACCACACCGCCUGUCUCCGGCCGCCGCUCUUCAUCAUUCCCACCGGGGACUGGUUCUGUCCGCCCUGUGAACACGUUAGUCAAUACUGA